AUGACAACUUUUCUUUCCUCUUAUAACAAUCACUACACAGACAGAGAUGGGCGCACCGGGUAUUUGCUCGUGGCUGCGUUUUUUGUGUUGCAGAUCAGCGGCUUUUUCAUGCUCAACCACAUGAACCGAGUUGCCCGUCAGGCUGGUAUCGCCUGCCAAGGCACGGUCGAGGCUGUGCUGUACGCUCGCCUGCUGGUAUCCCCUGUGUAUGGUGCAAACAGUCCCAAUGCCGGAGAACUGGUGUCACUUUUUGGUGCGGACUUAGAGGCUCUGGUGCACCUGUGGAAUGGGCUGCUGGGGCUGCUGUUGGGUCCCAUUGAGCUGUUGGUCAUCGUGGCGCAGUUGUACUACUUUGUGCAGUGGGCUGCGUUUGGAGCCAUCGCGGUAGUGGGAUGCGUGCUUCUGCUCUACCGGUUCGUAGGUAUGAAGAUAGAUGCGGUGGCACAGUCACAAGCCAAUCUGACAGCCAAACGGUACGGUGUACUGCACGAGCUACUCCAUGGAAUCAAAGACAUCAAAGCAAGUGCGGCAGAGGCCCACUUUGCGGAGCAAAUCAUCGCAGUUAGAGCGAAAGAGUCGCGUACAACACGUAGACUUCAUUUGCUGAUGGGAGUGCUGAAUGUGUGUGGCGAUGACUCGGUGGACGUCAUCUCCCUGGUGGUAAUGGCUCUGUUGGCGCUGGUCAUGGGCCAGCCUUUGCUGCCGUCCACCACGUUUACUGUGUGGAUCAUUCUGGGUAUUCUGCACGGCAAGAUCUUCAACUUCCCAGAGUUUUUUGACGAGGCUAUGGCGGCGUGGACGGCGCUGACACGCGUUGCUGUGUUUAUAUCACGCGAUGCACUGUGCGCGGAUUCAGCAGACACGCAGACUGACACCGCACAGCAGCACACACACAGCACACCACAGACUACUACCAACACCACAGAACAAUGGUCUGGUGAAUGGGCUGGAGGUGACAGUAAGGAGGAAGUAGUGGCAGGUGCGUGCGAAGGCAAUACGGCACACCCAAGGGUUGACAGUGGAUGUGGCACGGCUGCAACGAAAGUACAAGAAGCAGGUGGUGUUGUGGCACAGGGAGCUGUCAGGAUAUCGACUAAUGCAGUGACUGUCGAGCAUAUGGAUGCAUUGGCCAUGGGCACGUCACAUGUAUCUCAAGCAUGCGGAGGUAUGUGGCCACACACGUUCCAUUGCACGUCCACGCCUUCUACCACCGAGACACCGCUUAGUGGCGGUGGAGCUCUGUUUGGCGUUAGUGCAGACUAUCUAAUGUCUGGUGAAGCCGUUAGUGGCAGCGUCUGUGUGACUCGUGCACACGUGCGUACUGCAGGUGUCGCCUGCGGAUUAGCCACAGCACCUGUGCUUGCGCUGUGGAAUGCACGCGCUGCCUGGUCAAUGGGUGGUGAGAGUGCAGAAGUUGCGCAUCAGCUCAACUCUGCGGAUGGCAAACCCAACGAAACAGACUGUCCGAUGGACCGUACGUCAACUGGGCACACAGCUGUGCCGAUUGCACACGACAAUACGCACAGCAAACAUGGCCACGUCACUCGGCGCAAGUCUAACGGCAGUCACCACGUGCACGUGUUCGAUGGGCCACCCAAUGAGGACAAACUGAACGUAAAUGGCAAUACACGACAACCCACUGACAUCAGGCGACAGUCAACAGGCGAUACACGACAUGACAUGACUCAUAUACGUCAACCGGUGGCAGCUACAGCUCAGUCUACGGAGGUUGUACUACAACCAAUGGACGAAACACGACCGCCACGAGUGGCCCAGAUAUACCGUACUCGGUCGAUGUCACUCAAGCGCAACCACCGCGCCAACUUUGUCGUCGAGGUACUUUCUCAGUGUCAUACUACUCCACCUAUCGUGCGCGAGUCCUCACAUACAUACCCCCACACUAGUGGUUUAGACUCUCAACUGGGGACAAGCGAACCAUCCGAAACCGAUCCUGUGCAUUGA